UCCUCAUCCUCAUCAUCAUCAUCUCCGGCUCGGGCUCCCACUCCGGACCACAUCCACGGAUUUCAGACAUAAGAAGAUCCUGCUCCAGAGUGAACCACAGUCUCAGAUCUGUGAGGUACAACCUGAAAAAGCUGAAGCUCAGGCGCCUCUCUGCUAAGCACGCCACCGACUUUCGCAGCUUCUGCCCCUCUUCAAAAUGGAGGACGGCUAUCAGAACCGGACUGCCUUCAUAAAAGGUGCCAAAGACAUUGCCAAAGAAGUUAAGCGGCAAGCGGCGAAGAAGGUGGGCCGCUCAGUGGACCGGAUGAGCGACGAGUACAGCAAACGCUCCUACAGCCGCUUUGAAGAAGACGACGACGACGACUACCCGAUGCAGGGGAGCCAGGACGGAGGCUACUACCGCAGCGACAGCCAGGCCGCUAACGAUGACGAGGGGGGCCACAGCGACUCUACGGAGGGCCACGACGAGGACGACGAGAUCUACGAGGGAGAGUACCAAGGGAUCCCCAGGGCAGACUCUGGGAAAGGCAGCCUGGCCGGAGGUCCGGGCUCCAUGAGGGCCGGAGCCCAGCAGUUCACAGAUGUGGGCGUGUCCGAGGCCGAGAGGAGGAAGGACCAGGAGGAACUGGCCCAACAGUACGAGACCAUUUUACAGGAAUGUGGGCAUGGGAAGUUCCAGUGGAGCCUGUACUUUGUGCUGGGGCUGGCUCUCAUGGCGGACGGCGUGGAGAUCUUUGUGGUUGGGUUUGUCCUCCCCAGUGCAGAGAAGGACAUGUGCCUGUCUGAACCCAACAAAAGCAUGUUAGGUCUGAUUGUAUACUUUGGGAUGAUGGUGGGGGCGUUCCUCUGGGGGGCUCUGGCAGACCGGAUAGGCCGUCGACAGUCUCUGCUCAUCUCUCUGUCCAUCAACAGUAUCUUCUCCUUCUUCUCCUCCUUCGUCCAGGGAUACAGCACCUUCCUGUUCUGCCGGCUUCUUUCUGGUGUUGGGAUCGGUGGCUCCAUUCCCAUUGUGUUUUCCUACUAUUCGGAAUUUCUGGCCCAAGAGAAACGCGGUGAGCACCUGAGCUGGCUCUGCAUGUUCUGGAUGAUCGGGGGAAUCUACGCCUCUGCCAUGGCCUGGGCUAUUAUUCCACACUAUGGAUGGAGUUUCCAGAUGGGCUCUGCAUAUCAGUUCCACAGCUGGAGAGUGUUUGUGUUAGUGUGUGCGUUUCCUUCUGUCGCUGCCAUCGCUGCCCUCAACGCCAUGCCAGAGAGCCCACGCUUCUACUUAGAGAACGGCAAACAUGAUGAAGGCUGGAUGAUUCUGAAGCAGGUCCAUGACACUAACAUGAGGGCGAAGGGAUAUCCAGAGAGGGUUUUCUCAGUCACCACUAUCAAGACGGUGAAACAGAUGGAUGAGUUAGUGGACACAGGCACCGACACACCAGUCUGGCAACGGUACAGAAUGAAGAUCAUGAGCCUCUCCCAGCAGAUUCGGAAUAAUAUUCUGGCCUGCUUCAGCCCUGAAUACAAACGGACGACUUUCAUGCUGAUGGCGGUUUGGUUUUCCAUGUCCUUCAGCUACUACGGUCUGACUGUUUGGUUCCCGGACAUGAUCAAGUACAUCCAGAAGCAGGAAUAUGAAUCACGAACAAUUACCUUCACCAAAGAACGAGUGGAGCAUGUGACUUUCAAUUUCACUCUGGAAAACCAAGUGCAUCGUGAAGGACACUACUUUAAUGACAAGUUCCUCAACCUGAAGAUGAAGUCCAUGGUGUUUGAAGACUCUAUCUUUGAGGAGUGCUACUUCGAGGACAUCACCUCAACCCACACCUCUUUCAGAAACUGCACCUUCAUUGCCAGUUUGUUCUAUAACACAGACUUAUUCAAAUACAGGUUUGUCAACUGUAAACUGAUCAACAGCACGUUCCUCCACAACAAGGAGGGCUGCAUGCUGGACUUCAGCGAUGAUUUCAACAAUGCCUACAUGAUUUACUUUGUCAACUUCCUCGGCACACUGGCGGUGUUGCCAGGCAACAUUGUUUCAGCUCUAUUAAUGGACAAAAUAGGUCGUUUAAGGAUGCUGGCUGGGUCCAGCGUCAUCUCCUGUGUCAGCUGUUUCUUCCUGAUGUUCGGUAACAGUGAGUCAGGAAUGAUCGCUCUGUUGUGUCUGUUUGGGGGCAUCAGCAUUGCCUCUUGGAAUGCCCUGGAUGUCAUAACGGUGGAGCUCUACCCCUCAGAUAAAAGAACCACAGCGUUCGGCUUCUUGAACGCUCUCUGUAAGUUGGCGGCGGUCUUAGGAAUCAGCAUCUUCCAGUCGUUUGUGGGCAUCACCAAAGCUGUACCCAUCUUGUUUGCUGCUGGUGCGCUCGCCGCGGGUAGUUUCCUCGCAACAAAGUUGCCUGAAACACGAGGCCAAGUGCUGCAGUAAAAGGAAAAAUGUCACCAGCAGAUGGCAGCAGCAGAGUACAGCGUGGAGCGACGAGAGCUUGGACCCCCCUUCAGAGAACUAAAGCACUGCUCUGUCACACAUCUACAGAGCAGACGGCCAUCCCUAUUGUAAGCCCAGAAUCCUUUGAAAUAUGGUUUACAUCAGUCAAAGUCUAAACAGACCCACAGAGAUUUACAGAAGAGCACCAGAAUGGUAACCCUUUAUUUCAGCUGCACCGUCAGGUCCAACAGAAAUGAGCUCAUGUUUGACUAUGGCAGAAUGGUGUGAUGUGCAGUUAGGAUAAAAUGUUUAUUUCUGGGAGCACAUUUACAACUUGGAAAAGACAGAUUUGGUCAAAUGUAAAGAUGAGACUGUUGAAAGCCAUUUGUGGGGGUAUAGUCUGUCUAAACAUUGAGUCCGUGUUUGUGAAGUUUUUCAGUUAUGAUUGCAUCUGACUUCCCUGUCGUUCGGCUUUCAGUGCUGCUUUUGAAUUUGCUGUAAAGUUUCUGUCACUUCCUCCCAUUUUUCAUUGAUGUCACUUCACUUAAAACAGAUCUCAUAUUUUCAGGGUGAAUAUUCUGUAUUUCCCUGACCUUUGACCACUGCCUCUUGAAGUCAGAUCUUCUGAGAGCUGCUACUGUCGACCAAAAAAGUCAAAGCAUUUAAACAUUCCAGAGAGGCUGGAUUUAUACAGAAACGGAGUGUUGGGUUCUCCUGGACCCUGUGUAUGUCCAGCCUCUGUUUCACAGCCUCAAACACAGACAGGAGGAACUGCAUUUCACAGGAUUCUCUGUUGUAAAUGGGAAUAGUCUGAUCCAGUUCCAGUGUUUUUGUGUUCAUCUGUUUACUGUCUGUCCCUCCUGCUGUUAAAACCUUACACAUGUGGCAGUAGUGCCACACAGAACUUCUGUAGGAUGGAUUUUGGUCAAGUGCUAACAAUGAGAGCAGAUACUGUGGUGUAAUAGUUGUCCACGUUAGUGGUGUGAGUGUGUUUGCAUGCAUACGUGUGUUGUCAUGUGUGGCAGAAGAAAGGGGUUGGAUUAGUCCUUCAAAACUAACAAACUACUCAAUAUUUUUAGCCGCUUUGGUGAAAACGUUACAUAAUCAAUUUUUCAGCAGUUAAGUAUAAUAAAAGUAACAAAACAUCAAACUCUGGCCACAAAAACUAUCAGCUAAUAUUGCACUUUUUAUU